AUGGAAGAGAACAUUAUCAAGAUAUGUGGUUUGCAAACUGUCGAAGCGGCAGAAGCCGCUAUACUGGCCUCUGCUACACACUUGGGUAUGAUAUGUGUCCCUAACCGUAGAAGAUCUGUUCAACCUGAUGUGGCUAAGGCUAUUUCGAAGCUUGUACAUGAUAUGGACACUUCUAAGAAGACCAAGGUUGUAGGUGUGUUUCAAAACCAAACUAUAGAGUAUGUGGAAAACAGUAUUAAUGAAUACAGAUUCGAUGCCAUACAGCUACAUGGCUCUGAGGAUUGGAAGGCCUUUAGAGCUCACUUCCCUAAAGAGGUUACCAUCAUCAAGCGCUUUGCCUUCCCACAAGACUGCGAAGAAAUGCUGGAGUUCCAGAAAACGGCCGAGAACUGUUACGUUCUCCUCGAUUCUGAAGUUGGCGGUACAGGAGAGCUCUUGGAUUGGAACGCAAUAUCCGAGUGGUCGUCUAUGCAUCCCGGGUUCAAGUACGUUAUUGCGGGGGGGUUAACUCCGGACAAUGUUUCAGAAGCGAUGAGAUUGCCAGGUGCAAUUGGUGUCGACGUAAGCGGAGGCGUGGAAGUGCAAGGACAAAAAGACAUUUUGAAGAUUCGCAAGUUUAUCGAAAAUGCGUAUUCUAGCAUCCAGAAAACAUAA